UUAUGAGCGAAAUGGCCGACGAAACUGUUGGUGUUGCCAAGGAAAAGCUAGCUCAAGAGGAGUAUGUCACGCCAAUGAGAAUGGAGCCUGAGCCAAAGAAACCUUCAGAUUUAGUCCCUGAAGCAAGUGCUCCAUACUCUGACAACCCUCCACCAAAACCUCAGGCAAGGAUCAGGGGUAAGAAAGCUCCUGAACUUCCAGUAUUUGAAAGGAGAAACUGGUUAAUUCAUCUUCACUAUGUCAAGAAAGAAUUUGAGAACUGCAAGGCUCUAAUUAAGGACCAGCUUCAGGAAUCAAAUGGCCUGUGUGAGUACGCCCUCUUUGUCCAAGCUCUUAUCCUCCGGCAAGAAGGCAGGAUUCAGGAAUCAUUAGAGUGCUUUCAGACAUGUGCCUUAAUUAAUGCUCAAAAUCCAGACAACCUGAAGCAAGUUGCUCGCUCUCUAUUCCUAUUAGGAAGGCACAAGGCAGCUAUAGAUGUUUAUUCUGAAGCAUCUCGGAUGACAGAGAGAGACUGGGAGAUCGCUCAUAAUGUAGGAGUCUGCUACAUGUAUUUAAAAGAGUACCUCAAGGCCAAGGAGUACCUAAAGCAAGCCAUCCAGUAUAACAGACACGAUUUAUCAUAUGUAAUGCUUGCUAAGAUAUACUUGAUGGAAGGAGACGUCCAAAUGGCUACUGAUGUUUAUAAAAGAGCUGUUGAGUCUUUUCCUGAAAACCCUGAACUUUUGACAACUCUUGGUCUUCUGUACCUCCAGAGUGGUCAGAAUCAACGUGCCUUUGAGCAGCUUGGGAAUGCAUUGACAUAUGACCCCAGUCAUGUAAAAGCUAUUCUAGCUGCGGGUAGCAUGAUGCAGCAGCAUGGUGACUUUGACGUAGCUCUGACCAAGUACCGUAUCGCUGCUGCAGCCGUCCCUGAGAGCACAUCAAUCUGGAACAACAUUGGCAUGUGCUUCUUUGGCAAGAAGAAAUAUGUUGCCGCAAUCAGCUGUCUCAAGAGGGCGUCCUACCUGUCUCCGUUUGACUGGAAGAUCAUGUAUAACCUAGGCCUCGUUCAUCUCACCAUGCAGCAGUAUGCAUCGGCCUUUCAUUUCAUCAGUGCAGCCAUCAACCUCAGACCAAAGAUGGGUCAGCUCUACAUGCUGUUGGCUGUUGCUUUAACUCAUCUUGAUGAUGAAGAGAAUGCCAAUAAUGCAUAUGAGCAGGCUGUGGAAUUGGAAGAAAAAGAUCCAUCGGUGUGGCUGAACUAUGCUGUGUUUCUCUACAAUCGAGGAGAUAGGAAGAAUGCGGCCAAGCACUUCACAACCUUUGAGCAAAAACUACAGAAACUGAAAGAAGCAGGAACUCAAGAAAUUGACCAAGAGUUGACAGAGACGGCUGGCAAGCUGGGACCAGCCCUCCAAGUGGGUGAAAAUCUGGUAUGGAAAGACCAAUCCAACAACAGGCAACAACAACCAAUGAGUAGCAAUCCACCACCACAACAGCAGUCAACACAAGCUGCAGCAGCAAACUCUGAUGCAGCGUUGAUGGCGGCGUUACAGAACGCUCCACCGCCUUACUCGGCGGUAGAUCCCGAAGCCGCCAAGCGACAGCAGAGAAGAAAAGAACUUGCACAGUAGACAUUCGGCUGUUAUUUCUUGUAGGAUCAUGGUUAAUUAGAGGACAGUGUCUGCAUGGACUACCUUGCACUCAUCAGAGGGUGUAUGAAAUACAGUGGAUUUCUUUGUAGAUUAGAAAGCAUUGUAUGAUGUUUAUACUCAUUUGUAUUGACACUUUGCUUUCUCAAUAUGUUUAUACUUGAAGUCUUUUUACUGGUAAAUAUGGAUUUUUUAAGAACUCCUUGAUGUUCAGCUUUCUCAGAUGUUGCCCUGUGGACCAAUUAUCAGAACUUAAUGAUAAUAAUAAUGAAUGUUGAUUUUCUGCUUUAAUGCAUUGAGGUGUUUAAGAACAAGCGGCAUGGUUGAUUCUAUUCCCUUGCCUUCAAAAUGUCUUAUUUUUAUUUGCAUGGUUGGUUAAAACAAAUUCAAACAAGGUGAAGAUUUCUGAAUUUAGUUAAGUAUUUUGUUUUAGUCAAAGUGCUUCAGUGCGGCAUUCCACUUUUCCUGGGACAUGUAGUGUAGCAGUGUUAACACCUGUGAGAGAUGGCUUUCAGCUCUUUUUUGAUUUCCCAGUCCUCUGAUUCUUACUUCACCUAGGACAACAAAAGUAUAGGCAUUGUGUUUUAUAAGUGGUCAGGGCCCCGUCUUAUAAAGAGUUAUGAUUGAUCCGAUCAAUCAUAAUUCUAUGGAAAUCCAUUAGUUUUUAAAAAAAAUUUCCACAAUUUGCACAAUGUCCUUUUUAUGCAAAGAGAAGCGCAGUGACUUUUUUCAAGAAAACAAUGAAUGCAUGGAUAUACAUCACAGCUAGAAAAUAUUUUGAACAAACAGGCAUAAUAGAUGUUGACGUUGAUGGCCGUCCAUAGUUGCAAUUGAUUGGAUCAAUCGUAACUCUUUGUAAGACGGGGCCCUGAUUUCCCAUUUGAUUUUCAGUAAAAAUUAUACCUUUCUCAUCCAUGCAGUUUUAUCUUUUAUAUGACUGGUAUGCGAGGACAAUAAGUCCGUCUACAUGUUUCCAGAAAAUCAAAUUAUUUAUUUUUCACUCAUCUAUGAUUGAGAUUUUUCUGGCUAAACUUCUUUGUACCAAUUUACUUCUGUGUGAAAGGCCCAUAGAUAUAUAGUGCAUUACAGGAUUUAUGUCAUAGUGUACAUAGUGUAUAAAGAGAAACUCUCAUGUUAUUUAAAUCACCUUGAACAUAGAGUAUUAUAAUUAUUAUUUUGUAUUUGUGUGUGCAAUGUUAUACUCAUUUCAAUUGAUAAGACUGCCAUUGGUUCUAUGAAGCGUUAAUAAUUCAAUAAUUUUGUGAGGUUUUUAAUAUUUUUCAUGGAAUAAUUUUUAUUAUGGGGUAAUAAUAUUUAUCAUGAAAAAUAUGUCAAAUUUGUAUUAAAGAGAAAAUUAAAUGAGGUUUAAUUGGCUUUGUUGACGCUGUAAUGUAUAAUUAAUGCUAGCAGCUCAAAGUUCAUUUCCAAAUUGAGAGCGUAAUUUGUAACUUACUAUAAGCAUACUAUUCAUAAACAUGAAUAAAUAAAUAUGAAGAAAAACAGAUGAAACAAAUUCUGUGUCCAUAUAGUCUACAUAGAUCCAGUAGGGAACUUAAAUGACUUAAUGAUUGACUGGAAUUAAAAUAAAAACAGUGUCGAAAAUAUAAAGCUGAUUAUACGUCAAAUGUCUUUAAUUUGCCUUUGCCCGUUGGCGCAGCUUACUACACAGCUUGACCCAUCACAAGAAAGGUGAAUUCUGGCAUGUGCUUGUGUAGGCUUCCACUACGAGAGCAAAUUUAAAGAUGUUUUCAAAACAAUCUUGUUCAAUAUUGCAUUUGUUGCAUUCGCGAUGCUGAAUGUUGUAAAAUCUGAGCUGAUCACGUUUCUGAACGUACGUUUUUGCAUUCAAAUUUUCCUCCAAAUCACGAUCUGAAAGACUUACUUUUUCGACCAGGUAUUGGGAACAUUAAACACACCAUUUGUUUCUCAAUAUAUCUGUGUUCUGUAAUUGCGUUUUCAAUCAUGAUUCAUGUUGCUGUUUAUAUAUUUGAUAAUCAACUUUGAACACACCCUGAGUCACACUUAUCUUGUGAAACUCCCCAGGUGUAAAUUUGUGACAAGUUUUGCAAUAUAAUCUUGGUUAGAAAGCAAAAGAAGUGUUAGUAAUUGCCCUUUGUCUUUAUUGACCAUAAACAGGAGAAGCACAUGCAUUAAUUGAUUGAAGCUCACUCUGCAAAUUAUGUCCUCAUUUAUUUUUAUGUUCAUUUCUGUAUCAAAAGCCUGCCUCACAUAAUACUAUUUAUUCUGAAGCAUUAAAGAAAUGAAUUGCAAUGAAUUGUCCAUUAAAACUCCUAAAAUGGGUUUGUUGAGGAUCUGAGUAGUCAUAAAAAGAUAGUUAAAUCAAAUUAUGGCAUCACAUGCCUUCUUGAUUGAGAAAAGGCCUGAUUGGUUAAGCAUAGCAUGGAGGAAUUCUUUCUACCUCCAUGAUCAUAGCAGUUUUAAAAUGGUUGUGAUCUGAAACAAAUUUUUAAAUUUCAACCUGGCACAAAGUCCUUAUGCGGUGUAUUCACGCGAUUUUAGAACCAAAUUUGUGAAAAUGCUACUCUUAUUUUCUACCGAUAUCAGAUGGCGUGGGUUGAUAAUGAAGCAGGCUUAAGAAUAGAUUUUAUGUUCUCUAUUUGAUAUAUAAAAACUUGUUUGUAAAUACUCAUGUGUAUUGAAAGAUAUAAAAAUUAAAAAUUUGUUGACUUCGAAAUCAUUUGUAUCUGAAAGGGAUUUGUACUCCUUCCCCCUCCCUUUUGUGCACCAAAAUACCAGUUUUAGUUAAUAUCAGGCCCGUUGAACAAAAGCUUGACUGACAUCACACAUAUAAUUGGUAUUAGUAAAUUAUUUUUUUUUGAGGUUAUCAUUAUACAUAUUGUCAAUUGGGUGUUUAAACCUUGUAUCUCAUAAUUGGGACAUUUUGGGGGACAGUUCAGAAAGCUUGCUUUUAGACUCACGACACAAGUAGCUACCUUCUUUUGCCAAGAAAGAAUUCUCGAUAUGAAUAAGGAGACCAUUUUCAGACAUUAGGUUGCCGCCGUUGCCGUAAUUCGAAAAUACAGCUUUUUUUCUGAACUGUGCAAUAAUUUUUUUUUUAUUGAGAUAAAAGGAUUUACCACUCUAGUGGGAUUUCAAUUCCCACCAUAGGGUAUAGGGUAGGGAUUUACACUGAUUUAAAAAUGAUCUACUAUUAACUUUUCAAAUAUUUGUAACUUUCAUACUACCUGUCCCACCAAAGUUUCACCAUUGAUAUAUAUUUUUUUUUUUUGCUUUUUGCUUUGAUACAACUUAUUUUGGUACCAAGGUUGGUGUUCCCUUCAGGAUCACUCCUGAAGCAAUUUUAACUUGUAAUUGUGUGUAAAUUACAAAUUUCACACAGAAGAUCCUUUGGGAAAUUAUGCUAGAAAUUUGUUUCAUCUAUAAAAGGUGUUUGAAAAAGUGUGAUAUUUGAUUAAUUUCAGUUAUGUGUUUUUGAAAUUCACAGAAAUAUAAACAAAUUUCUCGA